CAGACGGGACGGGAAACGUACGCUCGCGUCUGGCGCUGUGAGAGGUGUUUAUGCUGUGGCCUUUGUGUUUUGGAAAAUAAAAAAAAAACUAUGUGAGGAUGUGAAUAAAAUCGACGAGGAAUUAUCGACUGGAAACAAAUAUUUCAACUGUGAGAAGUGACGAUUAUAGUUUGAUAUUUAAGCAUAAAGAGUACAAAGAAAUCGAAAAAAAAGAUAAGCAUGAACUCUUGAGCUUCUUCGUGGCACAUUCAGCCAUAAACUGAGUGGAAAAAAAUCCCUUCAUAUUGUAAAAGAAAAAAAAAUAAUCCAAGGCGGAUAGUGUUGGAUUCCUCGACCUCGGAACAAAGGUCGUCGCUCGUUCUCCAUCUCGACUCCUUUUCCCGGACCCCCUCCCCCCCCCAGUAGUGAAGGAAACGCCCCCUCCCCAUUUGGCUCCCUCCCCCAGGCCCCCUCCGCGUGGCGAUGGAAAGAAUGGCAGGGGCGGCCGAACACCACAGCAUAUGCCCGAUCCUGGUCAGACUGUGGCUUCUGUUCACCAUCUUCCACCAUGCACAAGGAGUGAAGCCGCGGGACCCGAGCUUCCUCUCCGAGAUCCAGAACCAGACGGUGUCCGAGGGCAGGACGGUCAAGUUCGCCUGCCGCGUCGAUAACUUAGGCAUACACAAGGUGGCGUGGAUUCACUACGAGAACUCGGCGAUCCUGACGGUGUCCAACCACGUGAUCACCCGCAACGAGCGCAUCACCGUCAGCCACGACAAGCACCAGAAGACGUGGUACCUCCACAUCUCCGACGUCCGCGAGACCGACACCGGGAAGUACAUGUGCCAAAUCAACACGGCCUCCGCCAUGACCAUCGCCGGCUACCUCACCGUCGUCGUACCGCCCGACAUCGUGGACAACGAGAGCACCGGCGACGUGAUCGCGCAGGAAGGCAACGACAUCAAGCUGCGGUGUCGCGCGCGCGGCUCCCCGCGGCCCACCGUCAUCUGGAAGCGCGAGGACGGCGAGUCCAUCACCGUCAACAAGUCCACGACAGUGACAGAGUACCAGGGCGAGGUGCUGCGGCUGAGUAAGGUGAGCAGGAUGGACAUGGGCGCCUACCUGUGCAUCGCGUCCAACGGCCACCCCCCCACCGUCAGCAAACGCAUCCUCGUCAGCGUUGACUUCCCCCCGAUGCUGUGGAUCCCGCACCAGCUGAUCGGGGCGGCGCAGGGGCAGACGGUGGUCCUGGAGUGCUUCACGGAGGCGCACCCGACCUCGCUCAAUUACUGGACCCGCGGAGAUGGCAACAUGAUUUACGACUCGGAAAAGUACCACAUCGAGAACCGCGAAGGGAACCCUGAGUACAAGAUCCACAUGCUCCUGACGGUGCGGUACCUCGAGCCGCAGGACUUCGGGACGUACCGCUGCGUGGCCAAGAACCCUCGCGGCGAGACGGACGGCACCAUCAAGAUAUACGACUCGGGCCCCCCACCCACCACGGCGCUCCCCCUCACCACGGAAGCGGAAAUGUUCGAGAAGAUCAACAAUCAAGUCUGGGACAAGUCAGAGAAUCGAACCCACAAGCGGCCUAACCCCCAAGCAGUGAGUGGAAAAGAUGGAGAAGAGGAGGAGAUCUACGCGACCAACGAGGAGCGCAGUUUGAACCUUCCUGCCGUGGACGAAAGCUCAGCAGCCUCGAGACUCUUGUGCAGCCUACACCUCUUCCUGUUGCUCGUGGCGGCCUUGCUUCGGGAUCGCCUCUUCUGAAACACUUGAAGCCCGAAGCAAAACCCUGCGCUUGUGUGAAUCAGAUGUACGCUUCUCCACCAGCAGUGGCCGGUGUCACUUGUCUGAGUCCUUUUGUGAUGUUUUUGGCCACGCCCUCAGCUUCCUAUGUCAAAAAAAAAAGAAUCAUUGAAGAAGUCCUGGGGAAUUGUGGUUUUAUAGAUAAGUAGAUUUUAUGGAGUUUCCGUUAGGAUCAUGGACGACCAAGAUUUCUUCCAAAGCUCUAUAGAGGGAUGUAAAUGAGAAGAUCGGUCGCUCAUCUAAAGGCUUUUAUGGCCUAAGACGUUAGACGAUGCAGACAGACAUUCCAUGCUGUUUCAAGCACCCAGGGUGGACUCGCCUAUUGCUCACACAGAGAAAAGAAUCUACAAUGUGUCUUUACCUGCAUGACUUGACCAAAUGUCACGGAAAGGGGAUAGUGACGAUUUCUGUUAAACUUUAAGUAUUUUGGAUAAAGAUAGUCUUGGUUUCUUCUGAGAUAAUUUUUUGUUAAACUGGUAUACUUUAAGAAGGUGAAAGAGUAAAUGACGAUGAUGUUUUUAACCUAGAUUUCUUAUAUGCUGUCUUCUGGAUAUGUAAAUAACAUUUUGUAAUUUGUACACAGUUGGCUAUUAAUAGUGAUUUUCUUUUGAGAUAACAUUGAAUGAAAGAUAUCAAUUCCCAUGGAAAUCAAUGUACAUAAACACAUAUGCAUAUAAGAGUAAAUCAAUAAAUUUGAGUGUAGUCGUUUAGCCUAGUUUUACACUGCAUAUUUUAUUUGUAUUACUGUCGCAACUCUGACAACCUGUUUACUAAACUCUGUGUUAGAGAGAGAGCGAGAGCAAGAGAGAGAGAGAGAGAGAGAGAGAGAGAGAGAGAGAGAGAGAGAGAGAGAGAGAGAGAGAGAGCGAGAGAGAGAGAGAGAGAGAGAGAGAGAGAGCGAGAGAGAGAGAGAGAAAGAGAGAGAGAGAGAGAAAGAGAGUAGGGAGAUAUGGAGGUUAGAGAGGGGUGAGAGAAGAAGAGAAGAAAGGAGGGAGGAAAAGGGAAAGAAAAGAGAGAGAGAGAGAGAGAGAGAGAGAGAGAAUAGGAAGAUAUGGAGGUUAGACAGGGGUAAGAGAAGAAGAGAAGAAAGGAGUGAGGAAAAGGGAAAGAAAAGAGAGAGAGAGAGAGAGAGAGAGAGAGAGCGAGCGAGCGAGCGAGAGAGAGAGAGAGAGAGAGAGAGAGAGAGAGAGAGAGAGAGAGAGAGUUUUCCUAAAAUUAAAAUAGGAUCGAUCAUCCCCUGACAGUUAACCCCCGUAGAAAUCACCAUGAAAGAAAAGCUGCGUGUAUACUUGUAUAUGUGCGUGCGUGUACAUGUGUGCGUCUAUCACAUAUGUAGCUCAAUUGUUCUUCCACAACCAAUCGCUAAUCUACAAUACAUUAGCGUCUACAGUAUGAUAUAUAUUCAGUAAUGUUACUCGUUACGGUAUGAGCCCGAGCCUCUUCUAAAUGUCACUGCAGUUCUCCCUCAUAGAGCCUUCCCUGUAGCCCAGGAUUCGUUUUCGUUCUCGUCUUUAGCGAAUAAGACUUGUUUCCAAAUUCGAGAUAUUAAGCUCCAGCGAAAGAGGUUUCCGGUGACUUUGAAAACCGAGUCUUAGACACUUAGGACGACACUCGAUAGGCUGCCGUGAAGGUCUUUGACGAACACUGUUAUUUCAUUUCGCACUAUUUUGCGCAGCGCUUUGUGAUCGCCCUCCUCCUGCUCCUGGUUUCUCAUGUUCUUCGCUUUGAUCCUGCCGUUCGUUUCGUGGCUGGAGCGCCAUUGGCAUCCGUGGUGCGGCAAAAGUGCGAUUCCCGUUAUUGGUGGAGGUACCGUCUUUAUUUCGCUCACCUUUUGACUGUGUUUCCUCUUUUCAAAACAAGUGAAUGGAUCCCGGGAGGUUGACAGUGUGUAACAAUUAGACAAACUAUUCCAAUCACACACACGCAU